UUUCGAUAUACCUACUCUUUGAUAAUUGUGUUGUAAGCAAAACAAACAAUUGUUUAUACGUAGCAUCGUCCCAAAACAAUACUCAAGAAAAUUCUAUGAAAUAGACAUAUAAACGAAAGUGAAAAUGAAUUUAGAAUUAUUAGAAUCAUUUGGUCAGAACUAUCCAGAGGAGUUUGAUGGCACAUUAGAUUGCAUAUCAUUAGCUGUUACUUGUACUUUUAACAAAAGAGGAACUCUUCUUGCUGUUGGGUGUAAUGAUGGUAGAAUUGUUAUUUGGGAUUUUCUAACCCGAGGUGUUGCAAAAAUAAUUAGUGCACAUGUACAUCCUGUGUGUUCAUUGAGUUGGUCUCGAAAUGGACAUAAAUUAUUAAGCGCUUCUACAGAUAACAAUGUUUGCAUAUGGGAUGUUUUAUCUGGAGAAUGUGAUCAAAAAUAUAGAUUUCCUUCUCCUAUAUUAAAAGUGCAAUUUCAUCCAAGAAAUCUUAACAAAUUUUUAGUUUGUCCCAUGAGACAUGCAGCAGUAAUGGUUGAUGUCGAGGGCACUCACAGAGUUAUACCUCUUGAUGAUGAUAGUGAUUUAAAUAUAGUUGCCUCUUUUGAUCGCCGUGGCGAUUAUGUGUAUACUGGAAAUGCUCGUGGUAGGAUUCUAGUUCUUGAUGCAGAAUCCUUAAACGUAAAAGCUUCUUAUAAAAUUUCACAAGGAACAGCUAGUAAUACAGCUGUAAAAAGUAUUGAAUUUGCCAGACGUGGUUCUUGUUUUCUAGUAAAUACAUCAGAUAGGGUUAUUCGUGUAUAUGAUAGUACAGAAGUAUUGGCUUGUGGUAAAGAUGGUGAACCUGAACCAAUACAAAAAUUACAAGACCUUGUAAAUAAAACCAUGUGGAAAAAAUGUUGUUUUUCUGGAGAUGGAGAGUAUGUAUGUGCUGGAUCUGCAAGACAACAUGCUUUGUAUGUAUGGGAAAAAAGUAUUGGAAAUUUGGUAAAAAUUUUACAUGGAACUAAAGGAGAAUUAUUACUUGAUGUUGUUUGGCAUCCGGUGAGGCCAAUUAUUGCUUCAAUCUCAUCUGGUGUUGUUUCCAUUUGGGCCCAAAAUCAAGUUGAAAACUGGUCUGCAUUUGCACCAGAUUUUAAAGAAUUGGAUGAAAAUGUUGAAUAUGAAGAAAGAGAGAGUGAAUUUGAUCUAAGUGAUGAAGAUAAGUCAGUAGUACAAGGUGAAGAAGCUCAAGAUGAAGAGAUAGAAGUAGAUGUUGCUUCUAUUGAUAGAGUAGCUGCUUUUUGUAGUUCUGAUGAAGAAAUGGAAGACAUUGGUUCAUUGCAAUUUUUACCAAUAUCACCAGAUGUAGAAGAUUCAGAAGAUAAUCAAACAACACCACAUGAACCACCUAUGAAGAAACAUCGUUCUCAUGACAUUCAUUUGCAAGGUGCACCAGUAGAUGAAACCCAUCCAUUAUUAAAUAAAGGGAAAGAUAAACCAACAACAAAAAAAGGAAGACCACGGUUGGAACAUAGAAAAGGAAAAUAAUUGACAA